UAUCAAGCCGAGACCAUGUCGUCUUCUUCCUCAUCAAAGGUUUCACCCGUUUUAUCGUCGUCAUCAUCCUCAACAACAGGAACCGUCGCCUCUGCCGCUGCCGCUGCUGCUUCGUCGGCUUCCAUGUCUAAUAACAUUACCACUACCGCUGUUGCAACAGCUGCUGAGAAUCCAGUAUGCACUUCAGGAUACAGAUCCAAGCGCUUACAGGAUCAGUCCUCUACAAAUAUCUCCCACAAUGUCAUCCUUAAUUAUGGCUCUGGGGACCGUGGAGCAUUCAUUGCUUCAUUUGCCUCCAUCUCCUCCUCUGCCCUCUCCACCUUCAGCCCAUACAGCCUUCCUCAGCAGCGACCCCCAAAGUCGAAGGAACGUGGUCAUGGCAAGGGAUUCGAAACAACUCAGUCGUGCUCCGUCCCCUACUAUGAAAAGCAGCACCAGCAGCAGCUUCAGCAGCAGCUUCAGCAGCACUCAUCGUGCAAAGAGCGAGUUAGUGGGUUGGACAGAGUCGUCAUGGCGUGCGCCAUCAUCUGGUAGAAAGUUUCGGUCGUCGUCACGAAAGAAUUAUUCUUCUUAUAAUUGCACGAACGUGUACCCACAUGUUGAAUCAACUAUAGACUUGAAUUAUCAGUUCCAGUACCAGAAAGGUUAUCAUAAUAAUGAGGGCGUGAAUUCCGAUGGAGUUGAGGAUGAUAAUGAGGAUGGCAGUGAGGAUGAGGAUGAGGAUAGAGACAUGAUGUUCAUGGGGAGGAUGUGUGUCGAUACGCUCUACCAAACUGACUCGGCCACUUCAGAGACCGAUAGCGACGAUAGUGUUUGCGACUCUGAUAGCGACGAUCCCUCAUCCUCAUCGUCAUCAACAUCAACAACAAUGAUUGAGAUGAUGAUGGAUGAUGAGCAGCUCUUGGUUGAGUUUGGAAGGAGGCCCCGAGUCUUUGACGAUACCGAGACCAUGGCGUUCUAUAUAUCGCCCUUGGCGAUCACACAGCUCUCAGUCGGACUAUGGACCCGCUCCCGGCCUGCAUGUGUGAUCAUCAACACCAGCAUCCCACGACAGGUUCGAUUUGAUGAUAUGGAUUGGUCCACUGAUGCAUUAAGGAUGUUAAACACUCCCAAUGCUGGUGGUAGUUCCUUAUUGUCCGAGGUCUUAUCAAUCGAGAUGUUGAAUCGGUGUUUAGGUGCGACCCUUGCGAAGACUGAGAUGGAGAUCCGGUAUCUCUUUGCGUACCAACCGAUUACAGAUUACACGAUCACAUUGCCGAACCUAUCUCCUCGAAUGCAUGUGGGUGUCUCAGUGACGCGUGCAUUCGCAUUCAAGGGUGCAUAUAAAAGAGCGGAUUGUCGUAAACUUCUGUGGAAGAAAUUGACAGGGAUCUUGGCCUCGACUAGGAAUGUGAUCGGAGAGCGAUUCUUCAAACAGAUCUUGCAUGUCUGGGUCCCAAAUGGUAAAGUCGCAAGGACAGUCCAGGCAACGUACAGGAGCUUACCAAUAGAGGUCACCCGAAACACCGUAGUCAUCAUCUCUGUCGUCAAUGCCAGAUGGGUAUUCAGCAACCGUCGCUGAGGCGGGUCUUCUAAGGCCCAGUAUAUUGUAUAUAUCUAUAUUUCCUAUGUAUUAAAACCGAAAGAGUGAAACAGUGGCUGCCACAACUGACCGCCUUGUCUCUUUUUCGAUAAAAAGAAAAGGUGUUUCUGUAGUUUCUGUGUAGUUUCUGUGUAGUUUGUUAUAAUAUAAUUUCCAGUUUGUACUACAGUUACAGCGGUUGAUAUUAAAAAAAGCUGUAUAUGAAGAAAGGA